AAAACAAAUGCAUUUGUUUUAUUGUGCCUAUAUAUUAUAAUAAAUGUAAUCAAACAUUGGUAUGUGUUUUUAUUUUCGUUUACACACCUUGUUUUCCUGCUCAGCAUCAGAGGAUGUUAGUGUUUCAAUUUUAACCCCUUUACUGGUAUUUUUUUUAUUUUAUUUUAUUUUAUUUUUUACCAUUUUUCCCCUCACAUUAAUUGAAUGUGAGUUAGCGUUUGGCAAGGAAUGAGAGCUGUCAGCCAAUAAGACACAAGUAUUUCUACAUAUUUUCCUGUAAACCCUGUCUGAUUGGUCUCGUCUCAGUUCUCUGAAGAUAAAUACAACACUCCAUUCACUGAAGAUACAAAAUUACAACAAUGCUGUCUUCUUUGACUGAUGUUCAGUGGUGUAGUGACAAACUGCUCCAAGUAGAGAAUUAUUCAGGACUAUAGAAAAAAUCUUCAGAGCUGAAGCCCCGAAUGCCCAGGCCAGGUUAAGCUCCUGCAGAGAACCAGUAUAAAUAGCUUCUUAUGCAAUAACUAGCAUGAAGUCAGGUACAACCAGUAGGACCUGAUUCCACAAUCUCCACCCAGUUUGCACCAGUGCAGCAAGUUAUUGUGAGUUCUGUUCCUCUACCAAUCAUUUAAGUCUGAUCCCUGCAACCUUUGCAACACAGAGCCCUCAAGAUGUCAUUCUUCCAUAAAUUAUUUAAAGGAUUAACUGAUGACAAGCCAAAAGACAACUCGGGCAAAGAUUCUUCUAAAGGAAGCGCCACCCCGUACUAUGGUACUGUCCGGCCUGAUCCAAACUUCAACGCCAGCAGAGAUGCUGCUGCUUUAAAAGAAGCCAUUGAAACAAAAGGUGUGGAUGAAAACGCCAUUACAGAGAUACUAGCUAGACGGACUAAUGCGCAGAGACAGGAAAUCAAAGCAGCUUUUCAACAAGACUCUGGAAAAGAUUUAGUGAAGACUUUAAAUUCGGUCUUGAAGUCCCACUACAAAAAUGUGGCCCUGGCCCUGCUGAUGACUCCAGCGCAGUACGAUGCCCAUGAACUCAAACAGGCCAUGAAGGGUUUGGGAACCAAGGAAAAGGUGCUGAAUGAAAUUCUGGGAACGAGAUCAAACCAGGAAAUUCAAUUGUUAAAAACUGCCUAUAAAGAUGCAUAUGGAAAGGAACUGGAGCACGAUAUUCGAGGUGACACUAGCGGACAUUACCAGACGGCUCUACUCGCCUUGUCCAAGGGUAUCAGAAAGGAGGAUCGUGACAUUGACAAUGGGCUCGCAAAAAGUGAGGCCAAGGCGCUGUUUGAAGCCGGAGAAAAAAGGCUCGGAACGGUGUCUUCUGUGUUCAUCGACGUUCUUACCUCCAGAGGUGAUGCUCAGUUGUGCAAAAUUUUCAAGGAGUAUGAUAAGUUUGGCACAGAGGGGUUUGCUCAGGCAGUGAAGCAGGAACUAAGUGGAGACACUGAGGAUUGCCUAAUGACCCUGGUGAAAGCAGCCUGGAACAAACCUGCCUACUUUGCUGAAAGGAUGCAUCUGGCCAUGAAGGGCAUGUUGGAUGACCAUGACACGAUGAUUCGGAUCAUAGUGAGUCGCUCUGAAGUGGACCUGCAGAAAAUCCUUCAGGAGUACAAAAGGAUGUACGGAAAAGCACUUCAGCAAGACGUUCUUGCAGAAACCAAGGGGGACUAUCAGAAAAUUCUCCUGGUGCUCUGUGGAGACCAAACAGGAGUCUGAGCAUGCAUUUUCAAAAUGUUCAAGCUAUUUUACUGUUCAGUGCUGCACAUCUAAAGAAAAAAAAAAUGCUCAUUGUACUGAAUCGGUGUGUAAUUCCAUUCUAUCUUAAUAAAGCUACUUCUCUAAAACUU